CCUUCCCGCUCGGAAUCGCGCGGUUACUGCUUGCCUGAGCUCUUCUGCUCCGGCCGUAAUCGAUGCCCAGACGGCCGGCCGGUGGAAGCCCAUGUGUCUUUAUCACACCCAGGGUAAGUGCACCAAGGAAUGAGGAUAAUGCACGAGAUGGUACCAACUACAACAAACCUAAUCGGUCAGAUUUUGCAUCAAUUUUCCUUUGUUUAUGUGCUAUUGAUCAAGCAUCGGAACUAGCUUACCUGUCACAUUACUAAUUGAAGUAGAGCAAGACAGUUGGAGCUUCUAUUUAUUGACUACGAGAAGACAUAUAAAACAGUAUCGAUAAAUGACCAAUGAGGAGCGGACAUAUCUCAAAGAAAAGAUGGAUGAUGCUUUGCAUCUGGCGAAGUUCAAUCAUGAUUUUAUGGUGGACCUUAAAGCAAGCACGAGAAGCCUGAAUAAACUGAGGCCUCAGAAUUUGGAUUAUCUUUUAGUUCUCGACCUAGAGGGGAGAGUUGAGAUUCUUGAAUUUCCCGUUCUAAUGAUCGAUGCCAAGAACAUGGAUUUUAUUGAUUCAUUCCACAGGUUUGUACGACCAGCAGUAAUGAGCGAGCAAAGAAUCAAGGAAUAUAUUGAAGGAAAAUAUGGAAAGUUAGGGGUUGACAGGGUGUGGCAUGAUACAGCUAUCCCAUUUAAAGAUGUGCUUCAUGAAUUUGAACUAUGGAUGAAAAAACAUCACUUGUGGGUGAAGGAGCAAGGAGGCUUACUUAAUCGAGCAGCCUUUGUAACUUGUGGGAACUGGGACUUGAAGACGAAGAUUCCUGAGCAAUGCAAAGUUUCAAAGAUAAAGACUCCUCCAUACUUCAUGGAGUGGAUCAAUCUGAAGGACAUAUACCUCAAUUUUUACAAGAGAAGGGCAACAGGAAUGAUGACAAUGCUGAGGGAACUGGAAAUACCCUUGUUGGGAAGUCAUCACCUUGGGAUUGAUGACACUAAGAAUAUAGCAAGAGUUCUUCAGCGUAUGCUUGCUGAUGGUGUCAUCUUGCAAAUUACUGCAAAGAGGAGUUCUUCAGCUCCAGGUGAUGUGAAAUUUCUUUUCACGAACCGAAUCAGAUGAUCUUAUGAUUACUUGAGAAUUUUUUGCACAUACAAGAAGAAUGCUGCAAGGGCAAAGCCCUGAAUGGGUAUUGUAGGAAAACUUAAACCCUAAUGUCAAAGGUUUAAGAACUAACUUGCCUGCUGUAAAUGCUGGCAAUCAAUUGACAUUUCCACCUCGAUUAUACAAAGCCGAGGCUCCGUUCAUCAUACAAGUCUAUUAGUCCGAAGGAGGAACUAAACAAGUCAUUUGGGUGUUUUGUUGCCCGAGUUCUGUUAAACUUAUGUAUGAGUAAUAGUUCUGAUAUUAAGACUACAGUAAAUAAGAAAGGCUGAUUUGUUGCCAACUUGGCAUGAUUGUUUUAUGGUUCAGAUGUAUUUUCCAGCAUUGCAAAAUAUUAUUCAGAACUUCUCUA